AUGAUCAAUAAAUAUAAUUAUAUAUACAGCCUUAUCUUAUACCUGUUGGUUAUUGUGUAAACUAGUAGCGAUGCAUCUAUUAGCAAUACAAAUACUUUAUCUAUUCCUUAUGCGCUAUCAAAACUUUAGAUUCUGAUCUAAAAUGGAGCUAAUAUGCUUGUUGAUUAUAAAAACAAUCUUACUCUUAUUGGGUUCGCACGAGAUUACGAAAUUCAAGAUCCUAACUCUCCACAAGGAAUACAACUAAGUUGGCAAUGCAAAUCGUUGUAAGCAUAAAAUGGGGAUGACUAAUGUUACACUUAUAAAAAGAUAGUUUAUGUACCAUAAAAUACUUAGAAUAUUACAAUCGAUGGUGGUACUUUCAACCCUUAUUAAACCCUCAGUUUCACUCUUUAAGGAUCGAAAGGCUCUAGAAAUACAUAGUAUAGCUCUUUACUUGUUUUCACCGAGAUAGAUCUUCCUCCUCUCUUAGUUACAUUUAAUGACCCAAAAUAAAUAGAACAAAUUAACAUAAACGAAGAUAUUUCUGCAACUCUUAUAUAUGGCUCAAAUGUACCUUCGGACAUUCUCACUUAUGCUGGAGCAGUUCUAUACAAUAACAAUGUUGUAGGAGUAAUUAAAUUUGAUUACUAUAAAGUUAAAUUUAGAAUUUGGGAUUACAUUUCUGACAUAAAACCAGAUAAUCUAAUUGUUUAAGUCAGAUUUACUGUAUAUAAUCCUGCCAAUAUAAUGCCAAGUUUAAGUGUUAUAAACUUUAAUAUAAACUUGCCUCCUUAAAAAUGCGUUCUUUCUGUUACUCCUUCAAGUGGCUAGGCUUUAACAACCUAAUUCACUAUUCAAUUUGAUGGUUGCACAGCCAUUAAUAAUCCUUUAACUUACUAGUUCUUCUAUUAUAACCAGACCUCUGAUUUAAUAUAAGAAAUUUAAAUCCCUUAAAAAAUCCUAAGAAGAUAAUUAAAAGAUCAGAAUUUAGAAUCCAAAAUUAUUACCAAUCUCCCUUCUGGUAAUAUAUUAAUUAUGGGUCAAGCUAUGGAUUCUUACUUAGCUGUCUUUAAUACUACCAUAUAAGUGAACGUUUCUCCAUUUUAGGAAAGUGAGUAGAAAUUAUUGAGUUUAUUAGAUUCAGCGCUUUAAUAGAAAAGUACAAAAGUAAAUUAAAUAAUUAUCAAUUUAUGCGUUUUUGGUGAAGAAAUAGCAAAGGACACUCCUCUUUUCAAUCUAGACUCAGUUAACAUAAAAAAAUCGCUAUUA